AACUUGUGGAGUCUCAACACAUGUUAUUGUAAUCGAUUUGGGACACUCUGUAUAGGGGCUACAGUAAAAACAGCCAGGUGUAUGAAAUUUACGACCAGCCUUUGUCCUAGUAUUAUGCCAGCAAAACUAUUUCUCAGAUUUCAGUAAUUUGGUUUAUUUUGUCAAACAUAAAUUUAUUUUGCAGUUUGUAGUCCUAUCAAUUGUAAAAGACAUUCCAUUGCAUUCAUUUGAGGUGAACAUGGACGAAUGUCUCACACUUGUUAAAAUUGAACCGAAACACGAAGAAGUCAAUGUUUCUCUUGAAAGAGACAUUUUUGUAUUUAGUGAUGUCUUGCCAACUGUAAAAGAAGAACGUAAUGACGGCAUAUUGUGUUGCGAUGACUACAAUAGUGAAGAGGGAUCGCAAAUCGUUAAUCUUUGUGAUUAUACAUCGAACGUUGAAAAGCACCUUUUGACACACAAACGCCUUAAAUGUGACAUUUGUGAUUAUGUUACAAACCAUAAAAGAAAUUUUAACAAUCAUCUCUUAAUACACAACAUAUCUAAAAAUUUUACAUGUGGCAUUUGUGAUUUUGCAACACAUUACAAAUUGAGUUUUAAACGACAUGUUUUAUCGCACAAAUCUUGUAAAGAUUUCAAAUGUGAUGUUUGUGAUUAUGCCACAAACUAUAAAAGUGUUCUGAAACAACAUUGCUUAACACAUACCGACUGUAAAAAUUUCAAAUGUGCUAUUUGCAAUUAUGUCACGAACCGUAAAACUACUUUGAAAAAACAUCUGUUAAUACACAAUGUUUGUAAGGAUAUUUUUAAAUGUUACAUGUGUGAUUAUGCCUCGAAUCGUAAAGGUAGUUUAAAAGAACACCUUACAACGCACACUAUCGCUAAACAUUUGAAAUGUGACACUUGCGACUAUGUCUCAAAUCGUAAGUACUUUUUGAAAAGACAUCUCUUAACGCACGCUGUAUCUAAAAACUUUAAAUGCAACAUUUGUGAUUAUGCCUCAAACCAGAAAAGUUAUUUGAAAAAACAUCUCUUGAAACACAGCACAUUUAAAGACAUCUUUAAAUGUUACUUAUGCGAUUUUGCAACAAGCUAUAAGGCAAAUCUUAAAAAUCAUCUUUUAUUACACAAAGCAUCUAAAGAUUUUGAAUGUGGUGUUUGUAAUUAUGUCACAAACUGCAACAGAACUUUUAAGCGACACCUCUCAUCACACAAAGAGUCCAAAGAUUUUAAAUGCGACAUUUGUGAUUAUGCCACGAACCGUAAAGACGUUCUGAAACAACAUCUCUUGAGACACAACGAUUCUAAACGUUUUGAAUGUACCUUUUGCGAUUUUGCCACAAACUUUAAAAGCGCUUUGAGCAGACAUGUGGUGUUACACGAAGCUUCUAAAAAUUUUAAAUGUGACAUUUGUAAUUUUGUUACAAACUCCAAAAGGACAUUGAGUAGACAUUGUGGAUCACACAAAUCUUGAAUGCGACAUUUGCAAUUAUAGAACAUAAAUGAAGCAUUUAUGAUUUCAAAUAGUAGGUUGUUUAAUUACCAAUUUGAUUAUGGGUAAAAUAAUGGAAAGUAAAAUAGGUACCUAUGAAUUGGAUCAAGUUUAAGUAUAAGAUUUAUUUGUACAUCAGGAC